AGACCGAAGAACACGUAGAGACCAAUAAAACGGAUUAAAUUCAACCUCCACCGGUGUGUUGUAGCGUCGGCUGAACACAGGGAUCCACGGUGGUGGUCGUCUUCAGGAGCACAGCCUACCAUCUUUGCGGUGCACAUCAGAUAAACACUGGUUGUUUUGUUGCAGCUUGUUAGUUAGAAAUCUUAAAUGUGCCAUCGACAGUAAGAGGCACACGACCAGGGCUUAUUAUUCAGCUAUUUUCCAAAACUAGUUAUUUGUUUGUUAACAGCGACAGGCGUCGUUCUCCCUGGUCGUUCAGCCGAGGGGGGAUUUCAUGUGGUCGUUUUUUUCCCUGUCGUUAGUAUCAAGGAUAUUAGUUAUGUAAUGUGGCGGUAAGCUGUUGAUGUUAGCUCGAUACCAGUCUGCUUUUCUUUUUCCUUUUCUUUUUUUUUGAAAGUACGUAGCUGUAUCUUUUGACGCCUGUCGCUAACAUUUCGGUGGCAGUAGUUCGGGUUUAACAAUGGGGAUCAGCAGAGUUUACAUUAGCAUAGGAUAUGCUACCUUUGGCACCCUGGUUGGACUUUCGGCUUUCUUGGUGUGGAAUAUUGCGUACAAACAACCAUGGACGGCGGCUAUGGGAGGCCUGUCGGGGGUUUUGGCUCUCUGGGCUCUUGUCACACACAUCAUGUACCUGCAGGACUACUGGCGCACCUGGCUCAAAGGCCUCAAGUUCUUCAUCGGUGUUGGUGUGCUCUUCUCAGUUUUGGCAGUGGCUGCCUUCAUCACCUUCCUAACUCUUGCCAUCACACAACAGCAAUCUCCCACUGACCCGAGGAGCCUCUAUCUCUCCUGCGUGUGGAGCUUCCUGACUCUCAAAUGGUCCUUCCUCUUGGCUUUAUACUCGCACAGAUAUCGCCAGGAGUUUGCAGACAUCAGCAUCCUCAGUGAUUUCUAGUCAGUACUGAUUUUAAAGACUGUGAUGGACUUUGAGGGGGUUUAGGCUGCCAGCAGGAGCUGGUCAAAGAGCUUUUGUUACAAAGAAGAGGAAAAGCAGACAUGGAUAGAUUAAAAAGUCAUCUGACUUUUACCACAUGGAGUUGGCACUUGUUGCACUUGCUUAACGAUCUCUGUAUUUGUAUUGUAACCUGUUCUCCUACUUCUAAUGACCCACAUAUUAUAUCCCUGUAAGUAGUCAUAAGUCUAAACAUCUAAAGACUGGAACUGCUUUUGAAUGAAUUGCUCAAGGCUAUUAAUGAAGGGGCAUUCAGGUGGUUUUUCAGACAUAUUUUUGUCAUGGGAUUGUUUAAUCUUAAAACAACUAAAGGAAAAACGCGGAACAAGGAAAUCCCCACCUUUAAUCCAAUCACUAGUUAUGUAAAAGGAAGUGAUAGCUGAAAACCUCAGAGCCAAAACUCAAACCUGAACGCCGUACCUGAAGCCACUCUGCUAAUGCUAGGUUGACAGUUCCUGUUGGAGUGCUUGAAUGUUUGUAUGAGCUUUUUCACAUUUUGCAGUUUUGAACCACAGACUAUUCAUAUCUCCUGUCUGCAAAGUCUCUUAGCUCCCUUCUUCAUCAGUGAAGCAAUUUAAGAAACCAUUUUUCAAUAUCUACAGACUUUAUUUCUCUCUUUAUAUUCCGCUGUUCUUUUCACAAGAACUAAAGAAAAGGCAUUCCUGUGGAAUUUGUGCUUUUCAUCUUUUGUUCCACAAGGGGGAGACUUGAUAGAGCUUGAUAAUUCUGGUAUUCCUCUUCAGAGAAAAACACAUGGAUUUGAUAAAUAAUUGCACUUUAGUCUUGAUAUUGAUGCCGUUGUUUUGCACACAGAUUCUGAUACAAUGGAAAAAGAAAUCAUGUUUUACACAUUGUCAUCUCUGUCUCACCCUUUUUAAUGUUGAAAUACACUAUUUAUAUGUAUCAUUUAUUUUACAGUUAGUAUGAUUUGUGUAAGUCAAGUUAAACUAGGCUUUGUAAGUGGAUUAGCUCCAGCUGUUGCUUAUGUCUACCUUUUACCAUAAAAUAUGUUUAAAUAUAUUUUUGUUGACGAGAGAAUGAAUGUGAGGAUGCUACAUGUGUAUAUAGUAACUGAACCCAUUAAAGUUGCAUUUAUUGUUAAUUA